AUGGCGCAAUCAAAUGGCUCAGAGCCGUAUCAAUACACCAAAAUCGACAAGCUAGACUCAAUUAGACUCCUUGAGCUGCUCCCUGGGACAGAUGACCCUCUAAGAUGCAUGUUGGUGGAAGUCAGGUUGUCCCAAAAACCAACAUUCGAGGCACUAUCUUACACUUGGGGCGGGAACGAAUUUCCUAACAGAAUUGACGAAAUAUCAUCUCAAUCAGCACUCUACAUAACAGAUAAUCUCAGAGAUGCUCUCCGAGCAUUACGUCCUAAGAGCGCGAGCCGUAUACUCUGGGUCGAUGCUCUCUGCAUAAACCAGUCAGAUAAUGUGGAGAAAGGCUGGCAAGUUGGUAUGAUGAAAGACAUCUACCAAAGUGCUAGUAAGGUUGUCGUAUGGUUAGGCAAGCAGCAUGACCAUCCCGACGUUGCCGAAAUCGAGAAGAAGGGGUUCGAAGAGCUCGAGCGUAUUGGCCGCAAUUGUUCGCUUUACGGGUUCGAUACGAUCUUUCCGCCGUUCCCUCGAGCCAUAGUGGACCAGAGUGCACUUGGGCACUUCAAAGAGCUUGCUAAGGACUGCAACGGGCUUAGUUUGCUUGCGAUCUACCACCGGGAAUGGUACGAGCGCGUGUGGGUUGUCCAGGAAUUCAUCCUUGCCAAGGACCUUAUCUUGCAGUCUGGAAGCCGUUCGGUCAGUUACGAGCUUUUCAGCAAGGCAACAGCAGUCCUUCAGCUGAUGGCUCGUCGUCGGAGUCUGAGAAACGAGUGGAUCAGCAAUAGAAAGGGUCUUCCUCAGUUAUUUUUCAGGCAAGAAUUCGACCGCUCGUGGCGAUUGAUACAACAGCGCGAGCGAUACUGGGGCAUGCGUGAGACGCAAUACUCCGGCAGCACAGCGGGCACGCAAUCAUCUACCUACACAUCUGUCUAUGCUUACGAGGACCCGGUCAUUCGUCCUUCCUCCAUAAUCGAAUACUGUGCGUUUGGAAAGAAUCUUAAAUGUAGCAAUGAGGUUGAUCGAGUGUACGGAAUGCUGGGGAUCGCCUACGACUCUUUGUCCAUUGAACCUGAUUACAGCUCAGCUCCAGAAAAAGUAUGGGAAACGUUGGCCGUUAAGACACUUUUACUCGGUGACCUCACAGUACUUCAUUAUGCCGGUGUGUCCGCUACGAGAAUGUCACGGGUUCGUUCUUUUGCUGCGGAUUUCGGUCGUUGGUCCAACAAUACUAGGCGGCUUGGUGGUCACGGUUAUCCGAAAUUUCACGCGGCAACGCAGAUACCUGCCAAAGUCGAACUUGAAGAGGAUGGAUGUAUGCGUGUCCAUGCCAUCAAGGUUGAUACCGUGAAUCGGGUGAACUUUGCUUACCUCAAGGAUGAAGAUGCUCCGUCUCCGUCGACAACAGAAGUACCGGGAAAUGUAAAUCUCUCUGGGCAGCCGGAUUUCAUCAGGAUCGAUCAAGAUGCAUUACAACAGCUCUACAAGUGGUGGAUGUAUUGGUUGGCAGCGAAAGGCCCAAGGUACUACAGUGAUAGGAUUGGAAAAUGGGCUUUUCCGCGGACGAUUAUAGCCGAUAACGCUCUGCCAAUUACCAGAGAAGAAUUUGCUCAAUACUCCCUGGAAGCAAUGGAUCUAUUGUUCGUUAUCUUCAUGCUGGUAGAGGAGUCGUCAGAUGACACAGGCAAUACUAAGACGUUCGUCGACACGUGGAAGGUGUAUGAGUGGAUGGGUAAGCCGAUGAAGAUCUCGUUGUCGACAUUCACCAAUGACGAGAACUUCACCACAUAUCAUUUCCCAUCGAGAGGUGCCGGUCAGGAGCAAGAUGAUGUGUUGCAUACCAUGCUAUCGCUCUAUGAGUCUGGAGGGAUCGCAGAGGCCGGUUUAGAGUAUGGUCGUGCCCGAAUACAAGACAUCCUUGGCUUCACUACAUUGUCACAAGCAAAGGCCAUGGAGAUAACGAGUCCAUUAAAGGAACAAUUGGAGCUCUACGUCACGGUAGUAUCUAUGAUACUAUCUCAACGCCACCUUUUCUUCACGAAUGUCAGAUUCCUGGGUAUAGGGCCAAAAGGUAUGCGACCAGGAGACGUAAUAAUGGUCCCCGAAGGCUCACAGACACCGUUUGUCUACCGGAGGAUGGAAGGAGGAGAAGACAACAAGGAAGGAAACUGCGUGAGACGAGGUGAAUUGAUCGGUGAAUGCUACAUCCAUGGUCUGAUGGAAGGCAAGCCCGCUCAACAGCUUGAGGCAGAUUAUACUGAAAGUCAUAUCGAGGUGAUUUUGAACUAA